UUGGAAGUGGAACCGAGUCGUUAAAUGAAACCCUGUUUUCAAUUUCAUUUUAUCCCAUUGAGAAGCCUCUAGAAGGCUUAGUACGAAGCAGGAAGUUCUGAGAAGUCACACUGAUUUUCUUUGAUUCAGUGUAUCAAGAAGAUGUACAGGGUUUUAAAAAAGCAGAAAUCUGGUUUUGAUUCCAGAAGCCAUAGAGCACAAGAUCUGCCCAAUGAAACUGGCUCCCCAGUAAAGCCAUCAAGGACAUUACUUUUAGUUGUCCUGUUGUGUUUUGGAUUCUUUUUCAAUGUGGUUGUCCCCAUUGGGUUCUCAACCGCCAUUAUGAGAAAGGUCUUCACUAGGAGCUCCGAAGAUGUGUGGAAACACCUCGAGGAGCACCAAUAUAAUGAACUGGGGGAACUCAGAUCAUUCGAGUUUCAUCAGCCAUUGUCGGAAACCUUAGACAAUUUUGCCCUGGAGACAUUAAUGGGGGCCAGGAUUCGAUAUGAAAAGACAUCAGAGCCUUAUACCCCAGAAGAGCCAGGAUUAAACUUGUUUGGGCUUACAGUGAUAAGCUCCAAACAGCCUCCACCUGUAAGACCAAGAACCCUUCUUCAGGAUUGGGCGCCUGUGAUUCCGGGGCAGUGCUGGGAAUAUGAAGGUUCAAAGGGACACCUGUCAGCUGAGCUGUCACACAGCAUAAUCAUCAGCCAUGUGUCAACAGGGUAUAUCACAAAAAACAUAACCCGAGAUGAGACCACAUCAACUGCUCCGAGGACGUUCUCAGUGUUUGGAAAACAAAAUAUUGAGGAUCCGGACUUCUGCCUAGGUACCUUUCAAUAUCUUCCCAGUGGAAGUCCACUUCAGCUAUUUGAGAUAGCGGAUCAUCACAGAAUUGUGGUGAAGUACCUGUCGCUACAGAUCCAGGGUAAUUGGAACAAGAUCCAGUAUACAUGCAUUUACAGCUUUAGGGUUCAUGGAAAGCUGGAACUCCAUGACCUCUAAGGCUAUAGAGACAUAAAUAAUUAUAUUGAAUAUAAAAAUGAAUAAGAAAAGAAAGAAAUUAUGUGAAGAUCAAUCAGACUGGAAAUGCCUUUAUUUAAUUUUUUCCAAGGUGGAUAUUAGCUGGGUGGAGUCUGGUGAACCAAAACAGUCUAGCAUCCAGUGAACAUCUAUCCUGCCACAUAACACUAGUUCAGUGUUUGCAGUCUGAUUCACCUCACCCCCCAACCGGUCGAGGCAGAUAACCGCCCCUCCCCGAGUCUGGUUCUGCUGGAGGUUUCUUCCCGUUGAAAGGGAGUUUUUCCUCCCCGCUGUCGCUAAAUGCUUGCUCGAAGGGGAUCGUCAGAU